CCAUCGGGUACGGACCAACGGACCGGUAAUACGACGGGACAAGUACCGGAGUGAGUGGUCUUUUUAAGUGGAUUCGAUUCGAUUACGAAGCGGUCAACGGGCUUCCAUCAUGUGCUGCUGUUCUAAGCGGUACUCAAACACCGCCAAAAAGCUGUGGGCCUUUGGCGGGGUAGUGGCCAUCUUCGUCGCGGCUGCCUUUUUCGGGUUUGGCCUGCCGGCCAUCAUCGACGCCGUGGCAUUGACGGAGUUCCGCAUCAAGGAGGGUGCUCGAGUGUACGAGAACUUCUUUGAUGGCGAGGUACCGAUCUUCUUCGACAUUUACCUGUUCAACUGGACCAACCCCGAGGAAGUGCGCAAUCCCAACGUAAAGCCCAACUUUGUGCAGAUGGGCCCGUACGUCUUUUCCGAGCGCCAUGAACGGGGUAUGGUGUCGUUCAACGAUAACGAUACCAUCACUUUCAACCAGAAACGCAUCUGGCACUACAUUCCCGAGCAAUCGAAUGGUGAUUACUUCAACGAUCGUGUUACGACGCUAAAUCCUAUACUAGCGACCGUCGGUAAAACGCUUCAAGGUGAUCCACUGUUGCCCCUGCUCGAUAACAUCAUUAUGCUCAAUGGGUUGGGCGAGUUCCUGUACGAGGAUGUUCCCGUACAUCAAAUGUUGUUCGAUGGACGACCCGAUCAGCUGCUAGUGACGCUGGGCGAUUUGUUGGCAAUCUUACCGCCCGGAAGUGCCCCAGACAUCAGCCUGCCACCGUGGGAGGGCUUCGGUUGGUUCGUGGAGCGCAACGAAAGUCUCACCUACGAUGGUACCUUCCAGAUGGGUACCGGUGUCGAUCAUCACAUGAACACGGGAGUGUUGCGUCAGUGGAACUUUAAUCCACAGGUGCCCAACUAUCGCGGAAUCUGUGGCCAGGUGCGAGGAUCAGCUGGUGAAGUGUGGCCACCGUUGGGGCGCAACUUGGGAGACAACAUUGCGCCCCUGACGCUCUUCCUACCCGAUCUAUGCAGUGCGAUCACGCUGCGGCACGAAGGCGAGUUUUCUGUCCACGGUCUGGACGGGGAGGUGUGGGUCGGGGAUGCGCGCAACUUCGACAACGGACACACGAUUCCGGAGACGGGAUGUCAGUGUACGGCGCCGGUCGAAGAAUGUCCCGUGUUUCCGCCCGGUGUUCUCGAUGUGUCGCAAUGCAAGUUCGGUGCCCCGCUGCUGGUUAGCUAUCCACACUUUUAUCUUUCCGAUCCGAGCUACUUGAACGCCGUGACGGGCCUGAAUCCCAAUCGGGCACAGCAUGAGUUCCGUUUCGCAUUGCACCCAUUCUCCGGCAUCCCCAUGACGGCGAACGGACGUGUACAGUAUAACAUGCAUCUCAAAGAUUACGGACUAACGUUAUUCCGGGACGUGCCGGAUGUAGUGAUUCCUGCAUUCUGGAUAGAGCAACGUGUGGUGCUUACGGAAGAUAUAGCAGAUGAUCUAAAGCUCAUCGAUAACCUUCGCUGGGGUUUUAUCUACACGUCCUUUGCUCUCUGUGGCGUUGGUGCUCUGCUAUUGGGGCUGUCGCUCUAUGCUUCCUUUUUCGUGUGGAAAGACUAAAGAGCAUUCGAAGCGAUGGAAUAGGAGGCUUGUUCCCCCCUUUGAUAACGGUGAUAACUGGGCUUCAAAUCACAGGAUUACAACAAG